GUUACAAAUAGAUGCCGAUAUUUGGGCAAAAUGUGCUGAAGAUUGGUGAUUUUUUCACCAAAAGUCACCAUUUUCGGGCAGCGCAACGUUCAACGUCAUAGCAUUGUGACGUCAAAAAAUUUGAACACAACCAGUACUAGAAGCGAAGCAAUGGGCCCCUGAAUGAGAUAUUAAAAAGUGUCCCACAAGCAGGGAAAUAUUUUAGCCGAACUUACGGACUUGAUUUUUAUGAACAGAAUACUGGUAAGUUAAUCAAUAUUGGUAUCAUUAUUUUGUACAAAGACUCGCCUUUUAAAUCAUUUAUUUUUUUUCUUUGUUGUUACGUCGGUUUACACAGGUCGGAAUUUUUCUCAUGUCCAAGAAUUUGUCACAAGUACAGUUUUCACACAUUUUCCGGCACUAAUCCGUCGAAUGAGAUUAAAUUAAUUUGUUUUAUUGAAUAUUUCCUUAAUUCUAUUUACCGCUUUAAAAAGUACAAACCUUUCUUCGCAUUUUGAGCCUUGAAACAUGACAAUGCGCCCAGGUUUGCACAAAUUACAAACAAAACCGCAUGUCCAAUAAAAUGUCACAUACAUGGAACUCCGUUUUUGAAAGUUACACGUAACGUUACAGACGUUUUUUGUUGUUGAUAAUUGUCAAAAUGAUUAAUGUAUGCAUUGUAUGGCCUUUCGAGGGCCCCUGAUUUGAAUAAAUAAAUUAGUCUAUUCAGAAGCGAGAAACAAAUUCGCUCCUAAUAAUUUGAAGAUUACAUUAUCUGUGAAAAUCAAUCGGAUAUUAUUAAACUAUUCAAGAUUAUCUGCAAGUGUUUGUAUUUGUAUUUAUUUUUUGUCAUCGUAAAUCUGUCCCAAUCGUAUCUAAAAUAAUUUAUAUAAUAAAUCUUUCAUAAUUAUUUCAGUGAAAAAAAAAGGAUGUCAUCUAAGGAAGGACUUGAACGGUACAAACAAGAAAAGCUUCAAAAGCGACGAGAACAAAGGCUUGAAUCUUAUUACAGAAAUAGAAAUCUAAAGGAAAACGAGUAUGCUUUAUCAGAUGAGGCAGUACGCCAAAGACAACAUAGAGAGAAACAAGAGAAAGAACAAAUGAGACGGGUCAAAGAAACGGAGAGAAAACGGAAAUAUAGAAAGAGAAAACGUGAAGAAAAUAUCAAUGAUCAAAGGCAAAACGAGGAUUUAAAUAUGCGAAAUACUUUCGAGAAUAGAACAGAAAAACAUCGGGCAUUGAAGAAACUGAAACUGGCCCUACCAAAGAGCCCAGACAGGCGGGUGACAACCAUGGUCGCAUACUUGCAAAAUUCGAACUCGCCGACUGUGAGAAAACUGCAAUCUUCUGAAGUGAUUUCUUCGCCAGAGGAAAUAGAAGAACACAAAACAUCAAAAGCCUUGACAGAAGAUUUAAAAACAGUUAUUGACAACUGUAAGAGGAAAAGAUCGGAUGACUCUUUGAAAACGAUGAAUGUUAUUAUUUCAUCAGUAAGUGGUGAAAAAAUCAGUGACAAUAAAUGCAGAAAGAAACUGGCUAGGAAAUUGGGAUUACCGGUAAGAAGAGUUAGCCGUGGUCAUGCAAUUAGAACAAGAAUACUUAAAUCUGAAAAAUCAAGCUGGACUUACACAAAUAGAAAAACUAGAUCAGAUGUAAUAACACCUGACACGAAGAAACGUAUUUAUGAGUUCUGGUGUAAGCCUGGUAUUUCUCGUCCGACUGGUAACAAGGCAGAUAUCAAAAGGGUCCGCAUUGGUCCGAAAACUUAUUCAAGCCACAUGACACACAUACUAGAAAAAACACAGACCGAUGUGUAUUUGGACUUUAUUGGAGAAAACCCCUCUAUUAAAAUAGCUCAAAGAAUGUUCGAAAGGUGCAAACCCUACUUUGUGCGACCCGUCCGACCUAAGGAUAGACAAGCAUGUUGCUGCAAGUACCAUGUAGAAUUUAAAACUGUCUUUAAAUCGUGUAUGGAAUUCCGAAAGAAACUUUUGAUAGAAAAUGAACCGAAUGAAUGCUAUUCUACUCCUGUGUACGAUUCAAUAUCUGAUGUCGUUAAUGCAACAUUAUGCGAAAAAGUUGAUGGUUCACACAAUUUACAGUGCCUUAAAAGAAACUGUUCCGAUUGUGGAGUUAAAAUCUUAAAUUUUCUGCCUUGUGAACUUGAUGUAUCUGACACUGCUGAAUUUGUAAAGUGGGAAAAGUUUGAAAAUGUAAGCGUUAAUGUUAAAGGGAACAAAACCAUAAAGAAACUAAUGCUCGUGAAAAAAGAAAGUCAAGUUGGUGAAUUGUUUUCAUAUUUCAGAAAACUAAUUGAAACUUUUCCAGUGCAUCAGCACAGAGCUACAUGGCAAAAUGAACAAUUUCAAAAUCUUGUUAGAAAUCUCCCAGAAAAGCAAUGUGUUUGUGUGCAUGACUUUAGUGAAAAUUACAGGUGUUCCGAGCUUACUGAGAUUCAAAGUGCUUACUUUCAAAAAACCGAAGUGUCGGUCCAUGUUACUAUUCUACAUAGACAUGCAUUGCUAGAAUACGAUGGUGUUGAUAGUUCAGAAGACUUUCCUGAAAUUAUCACGGAACAAUUUUUCGUUAUAAGCCCAGACUUAGUUCAUGAUCAAUACUUUGUUCACCAAGUCCGAAAUUAUAUAGCGGAAUAUUUACAGUCGAUUUCAUAUUCAGUAGAAACAAUGCACGAGUUUACUGACGGGUGUGCAGCCCAGUAUAAGAGCAGACACUGUUUCGGAGAUAUUAGUCAAACAAGCGACGACUUUGGAUAUCAACAUUUCACAAGAAAUUUCUUCGAAACUUCCCAUGCAAAAGGACCACAAGACGCUGCUGGAGGAAUUAUUAAGAGACAAGCCGACUGUGCCAUUUUACGAGGACAGACUCAGAUAAGGACAGCAAAAGAUCUCUAUGAAUACGCGAAUUCAUUUCUAACACAACCGAGGUCACAUUGUAAGAGAAGAAUAUUCCGAUAUGCGGAAACGAUUCACCGUGACAACAGACUGUCUUUUAAGCCGGUGCCUAGCAUUCGAUCUCUUCACCAAGUAAGAGCUAGUCGUGAUUCUGCUAAAGGAUUGAUAAAUAUCAGUGAAUUGUCUUGUUUCUGUGUAAACUGUUGUCAUCACAUGUAUGACCAGUGUUCUAAUUCGAUAAAAACUGGUGGUUAUACUGAAUGGGAAAUGAAGCGAGAAUACAGAGCGGAUGCACAAGAAAAUGAAGAAAAUGAACAAGUGUCUUUGCAAGAAUUAGUUUCGGUUGGUCAAUUAGUUGCGUUAUAUACUGACGACGAUGAGGAGGAGUACUAUAUGCUGAAAGUAGAGAAAAGCAUGGAAACGUUACGCAUUGACACAACGGAUUCUUGGGGAUCUUUACUCCCUGCGGGAACACCUGUGUUUCGUGGUCUAUAUUACAACAAAACGAACUCGCCUUUUCAAUAUCGUCUUGUGAACAGGAAAGCGGUUGUACCUGCUGCGUCAGUGGUCUAUAUUUGUUCGGAAGUAACCGCAAACAAUGUCAUUCGAAUCACAGAAGAAACACAUUUAAAUGUUUUAGAAUGUAUUAAUGAAAUAAAAUGCUAGAAAUUUA